AUGGCAACUCCAAACCGAAUGAGCCCUGCAUCGCAGGCCGCCAACAAGGUCUUCACCAGAGUCGACGUCGACGGUCACGCUCUCCCUCCCUCACCUGCCCCCUCGAGCCCGCUCUCCGGAAGGAAGCGAUACGCUCUGGCGACAGAAUUGGUCUACACCGAGUCCAAAGACCAGUAUGGCUCCUCGAGCAUCCCCAUCUACCAGUCGGCCACCUUCAAGCAGACCUCGUCCAACGGCGGCAACGAGUAUGACUAUACCCGCUCCGGCAACCCGACUCGGACGCACCUCGAGCGCCACCUGGCCAAAAUCAUGAAUGCGACCCGCGCUCUGGCUGUCGGGUCCGGCAUGGGCGCUUUGGAUGUCAUUACGCGCCUGCUGAAACCAGGGGACGAAGUCAUCACUGGCGACGAUCUGUACGGUGGCACAAACCGGCUCCUCACGUACCUCAAGAACAAUCAAGGGGUUGUGGUACACCAUGUCGACACCACAAACGCCGACAGCGUCACAACUGUGAUCUCGGACAAGACGGCCAUGGUUUUGCUCGAGACUCCCACAAACCCAUUGAUCAAAAUCGUGGACAUCCCGUCGAUUGCGAGAGCAACCCACGAGGCCAACAGCAAAGCGCUAGUGGUCGUGGAUAACACGAUGCUCUCGCCCAUGCUUCUAAACCCCCUGGAUAUUGGCGCAGACAUCGUCUAUGAGUCGGGCACAAAGUAUCUCUCCGGCCACCACGACAUCAUGGCCGGUGUGAUUGCGUGUAACGACCCAGAAUUGGGCGACAAAAUGUACUUUACCAUCAACGCGACGGGUUGCGGGUUGUCACCAAACGAUUCGUUCUUGCUGAUGAGAGGCAUCAAAACAUUGGCCAUCCGCAUGGAAAAGCAGCAGGGGAAUGCCCAGCGAAUUGCUGAAUUCCUCGAAUCACAUGGCUUCCGCGUCCGGUACCCCGGCUUGAAGUCACAUCCGCAGUACGACCUCCAUUGGUCAAUGGCGCGGGGUGCUGGCGCUGUGCUUUCGUUUGAGACUGGGGACGUCGCGCUCUCUGAGAGGAUUGUCGAGGCGGCCAGACUUUGGGGCAUCAGUGUCAGUUUCGGUUGCGUCAACAGUCUCAUCAGCAUGCCCUGCCGUAUGAGCCAUGCAAGCAUCGAUGCGAAGACGAGGCAGGAGCGCCAGAUGCCUGAGGAUAUAAUCCGGUUGUGCGUCGGCAUCGAGGAUGCGGACGAUUUGAUAGACGACUUGUCCCGUGCUCUUGUCCAAGCAGGUGCCGUAACUGUGUCACUGGAUGGCUUCCACGCAAAUGACACCGACGCUGAAGGCGCCACUGUAUCGGCUUAG